CGCAGUAGCCGCGGGCACCGCUCUGGGCUUCGCGUCUCUCCGCGUCUGCGCCGCCUUCGCCGCAGCCCGCUCGCCCUCGGCGCCCGCCGGAUCCUCGCAGCUCGCCCGGGGCGCGCUCGGUGGCCGCGAGCAGAGUCCUCGCCGCCGCCAUGGCCACGAAGAUUGAUAAGGAGGCGUGCCGCGAGGCGUACAACCUGGUGCGCGACGACGGCUCGGCAGUCAUCUGGGUGACUUUUAAAUACGACGGCGCCACCAUCGUCCCCGGCGAGCAGGGAGCGGACUAUCAGCACUUCAUCCAGCAGUGCACAGAUGACGUCCGGCUGUUUGCCUUCGUGCGCUUCACCACAGGUGACGCCAUGAGCAAGAGGUCCAAGUUCGCCCUCAUCACGUGGAUAGGUGAGGAUGUCAGUGGGCUGCAGCGUGCCAAGACAGGAACAGACAAGACUCUGGUGAAGGAGGUGGUCCAGAAUUUCGCAAAGGAGUUCGUGAUCAGUGAUCGAAAGGAACUGGAGGAAGAAUUCAUCAAGAACGAACUGAAGAAGGCUGGAGGGGCCAAUUAUGAUGCCCAGGCGGAGUAGCCCCAGCCCUGCACCCCAAAGCCGUCUGCCUGCUCCGAGGGCGGGAAACCGCCGCCUCACCACCAGCCCACCGAGGGGAGAAGCGAUGAGGCUGGUGCCGCCUGUGUGUGCCACCCAAGCCCCUUCCCCGCCCCCCCUCAUCCUGUUGUGGCCCAUCUCUGAAGCCCUCUGAGCCUCUUUCUUUGAUACCUGCCCCCUUUGUGUUCUAAAGAAAAGUUCUUUUGGUGCCAGGGUCAUGCACACCGUCAGAUCCCAGGUGCCUCUGUCGGUGGCCCUUGGCCCUGGUGUUUCUCCUGCCCUCGCUGUGGCCUGCCUGGUCUGAGCCACCAUGGCCGCUCACAGCUGCUGGGGCCUGGCCCCAGUGCCAUCCCAGUUUGCCUUGGCUGCUUCCUGCUUUCCGCUAAACCGGCCGCCAUGCCGACAGUCUGCAGCCUUCGUGAGCUCACACAUCUCAUGAACCCCAACGCCUUGGCUCCAGGCCCCACCCCCGACUCCUUUCAAACUUCGUGUCUGGCAGAUCCUGCUGGGCAGUGAGAAGUUUGGGUCUGGUGUGGACCGAGUACGAAGUGACAAUUUGCCUUAAAACUUGCCUGGCAGUGGCUCUGCCCCCUGGUCUAAAGCUACCCUUGUGAUGAAGUCCUUUUGAGGCACGAGAGGUCUGAGCCCAGGUGUGGUGGGAGAAGUUCAGGGUCAAGCUCAGGGGCUCCCAGUAUGGCAAGGAUGGAACAGUCCCCUGCAAACGGUUAGGCUGGCCCGGGGCCGCACAGCACCCAGAAAAUGUGUGGUUGGGAUCUUAGUCCACAUCACAAAUUUGAAAAGAUUGCUUUGUUUGCUUUUAAAGAAAGACGAGAUGGGCUUGUUCCUCGGGAGCGUGGUUGGUGUUGUUCUUUUCUUUUUUUCUGGCUCCUUGCAUCUUGGGGAGGAAGACUGUACUGUACCAGGCUGGUGAAGACCAUCUCCGGCACUCGAACAGUUUACAGAAAUAAAUGUGUUUUUCAAGAAGAA